UUGACCAGCAGGAACAAAACGAAAGCAGCAGCAAUUAAGCCGUUUUACUCUUUGUCAGCGGUGUACUGACAAUAAUUUACAUCAUGUGGUUAUGUUCCGUUAUUCUGAUGCAGUUGACAUGGUCGUUUGUUAACGGGCACUCUCGGUUUGUUUGUCCAAGACCACAGAGCCCAAGAUCCGAUAUUUACGUACAGCUUCCUGAGCACCCUCUUAAUGGUAUGUGUGGGCUGGGAGACACCAUCAACUUUGAUACAGAGUACAUGGACGUCUCACCAGGACCAUUCACAGUCAGAUUCGAAGAAACUGUUCUCCACAAAGAUUCCCCAUUCCAGAUAAGUCUUCAUCAGUUUGAUGAUUUCAACGAUUCCACAACCUGUGUUCUUCUUGAUCACAUUCCACACAACAACAACGCUGUUAUUAUCAACAAAUGCAAGCAGAAUGAUUAUCCCAUAGGACACUGCGAUGGCAGCAUGUACUACAUCACUGUGAACAUACCCGACAUCAGCUGUAACAAGUGUUACCUGAAGCUGACUCACAUAUCAACCGACACUGCCACAGAUUUACCUUGUGGAUCUGGCAAUAACACCUGUAGAAGUUACAUUAGCUGUGCCAACAUAAAGAUCAGUUCCUCGUCAGCAGGGAAGCUGCGAAACUUGUCAUUUUGUGAGAAUUAUGUGAACAACUUAAUGGGACCCUGGCCAUUUAGACCUAAAGAAUACUACAUGACAUUUUUUAAUACCACAACCAAAGUUCUAAAUGCUACAGCAAGACUUGAUGAAUUUGCACGGUCGUUUAUUCUUGAUCUUCCAAGUCAAGUAUACAGUGAUCCUGUUGAAAAGGUGGAAAUUCUUUAUGAGGUCACCAAUGGCAACACAACAACUGUAGAAACUCUUUUCACACAGAACAUAGUGAACCAGAGUGCGGAGGAACCUAGAAUAACAACCGCAUGGAAUGGUCUCAACUCAUCAGUCACCAAACAACUCCAGGAUGAAAUGCUGAUAUUGAAGCUGUUUUCAUCUAAACAAAGCGUAAAUGGCACAAUUAACUUUUCUCAUGAGCACUAUGGGGUAGGUAAGUAUGAUGGAAGUCAUGCAGUCUACAGCCACCAGGGCUGGCUCUCGGGCCCAGAGUUCAUAGGAGCACAAGCUAUGUACCCAGCGGCCGUCAGCCCUUUUGGAUCCUGUGUGGAAGUCACCAGCAACUAUAUUGCAUUCUUGCACUCUGACAUCAAGCUAAGUAAUGUGCAUGGUGUCCUAGGAAUGUCAUUUCUGGAUGAGAGGGUUCACGUCACUUUGGCCAUUACUGGUCUGAUGAACAACAUCACAUCUGUCUUCCUCACAGGGCCAGCCUUGGCAGGGUCUCCAACCAUGAUGAUCCCGGUAACCACCAACACCGGACCAAUACAUCUGACACUGAAUGCUUCUGUACAGAUACAAGACAUUGACUCGUUGAAAUUUCUUAACCAAGUUACAGUGACUACACAUGACCCUGUUGAAAUGCUACACGUCGAGCUAGAAGAAGGAAUACAUGCACUGAUCACUGAUCACCGGCAACUCUAUGGGGCUGGAGUAUUCCAGAUCACAAAGGGCAGGUGGCUUAAGUAUGAAGUGGUGUUAAAGAAAGUUGAAGGUCACAUUAGUUAUGUUACCCUGAAUGGUCCUGAACGUUGGGGAUUUGGUGGUCCUAUCUUGUACAAGCUGACAAAAGAAGUUGUCUUGAAGGAGAAUGGCGACGUCUUCAUUGAAGGAACUAUACAGGAUUUGAGUAGUGACUUCCUGCUGGCUCUGUGGAAAGGAUUGAUCACCAUCAACAUCAAGACUCAAACCAACCAGUCAGAGAACAUGCUUACUGGCAAGUUAACUUCACCUGGAAUCUGGUAUUGUACUGACAUCAAGGGAGCACCUUGCUCCUCUGUGAAUUUGGUUCCUGAGAAGACAGAGGUUGAUGAUGGAGCUGAGGUGGUUCCAGCCACUGGUAUUGGUUCCUUUGUGUUGGACAGAGCCAAUGUCUUACAGUACAGCAUCCUGGUUGAAAACUCUCAAGUACCUAUUGACAAGGUACUGCAGGCUGAAGUGGUCCAUGGAUCAAAACUCCUGUUAACCAUUCAGCUCCAUCCUUCUGACAUCUUCAACAAAGCGUUCGAAGUGCAUAGCCUCAUUCCACAGCCCACGUUCCAGCUAAUGGCCGCCCUGUCGACAGACGAGUUAAAACUGCGGGUGCUCGAGGUGGAUGGCAGAAAGGGAAGACUGACUGGCAAUCUUCCACGCAUCACAAGAACUAUCUGCACACAUCCCCAGAAUUUCAUAGUGGGUGAUGGCCAUGGCUACUGGUCACAGGAAGCUGCCCCCAUUGGAAGUCUGUACACACUGGAAGGUGACCAGCUCAUCUUCACGUACUCCGGCAAUGACUCAGUACAUCUGAUGGCUUCUAAGGAUCAUUUUGACAAAUGUGACUUCGCAAACUCGACUCAGAUUGGAGCUCCACCUCACACGUCCAGUCGGCUGUCGAGAGAUUACAGGCUACAGACGGUGGGACAGCUGUUCUUCACAUCACAGGCCAGCUGUAAUUCCACUCCCCCGCUCAAACUCAUCGUCAAGGUGCUGCACACAGUUCCUAAAUCUGUGGAUGUGAGUGAGUGUGGAACGUCACUGUAUGAAAUCUGGAGGAAGCAGGAACUGAACAGGUACUCAACUCCCAAUCCGGCAGGCGCAGCCGUCGGGGGCGUUGUUUUCGGGAUUAUCAUCGUCGCUAUUUUCAUCGUCUGGGACAGGAGAAACCACGACAAGAAGAGUGGAGAUGCAUCCAUGUUUGAGAGAUUUUAAGAUGUUUCAAAGAUUCUUAAAUCUAUAUUAAAAAAUUGUAGGGUCAUGUUUAAAAGAUUUUUAAAACUUUGAUAUUUCCCUUUUUGAGAUUUCAUAUCUGGCUUGAAUGUUAAAAGUGUUUUCUACUGAAACUGUCUUAUUAAAUCUGUUUAAAAGGGAUAUAUGUGAACUUAAAUCAUUUCUAUGACAACAAUACCCAUUCUGGGUUUUUUUGGCAGUAUGUGAUGUUUCUGUGAUAAGUAUAACCAACUAAAGCUAAAAUUUGAUAUCCUGGGCAUUCAAUUCAACUCAUUGUCUAGGGCAGAGUAAGCCUGCUGCUGUCAAAUGGACAACUCGUACUUUGUUAUUAACAAGAACAAUGUUUAAAUUUCCCUUACCUCUAGCUUACUCAGGCUUCAAAAUAAGUCGAGAAUUGUCUUUAAGGUUACCAGGAUGUCAGAAAUUGAAAAUAGUACUUCAUUCUUCACAAAAUCUUAUUUAAACAAAAACUAGACCCUCUAUAUUUUGAUCAAUUGUGUGUUAUUCAAAUAUAAAAAACACAUACAAGUAUCAAUACAAUGUCAACAGUGAUAUGAAUGAAGAACAAACUACCAGGAUUUCUGUGAAAGUAAUUCAAAGUAAUAAUAAUGGGAAUUGUAAACUUGAUAAAUGUGUCAUAACCUGUAUUUUUGUAACCUGUACAUGGUUUACCAGACACAAUGCUUAUUUCGAAGCCUGUUACUUGCUAAAACAAACUUAAUCACUACACCAUCAACGCUGGUACGUGGUGGCAGCAUGUUUUUUCUCAUUUAUUAGACUGUAAUUACCAUCAUAAUAUUAUACACUUAUUGCUAUUAAUAUAUUGACAUAUCAUUAAUCAAACAUUCCUUUCCUUUUAAUGUUUUUGUUUUUAUUUUUGAAAAUUGUUACAUAUAUUGAUCAGGUUUCUUUCUAAUAGGAAUACAUGUAUUUGUUUUUGAUGCAUUUUGGGGAUUUAGAGAUCCUGGUUUAUUUGUUUAUUAAUAUGAAGUUUGACUACAGUUUUCUGUAAUCCAGUUUAUUUAUUUUUUGUUUUGCAAGUUUACUGUAUUCAUUGGCAUAACCAGGAUUUUAUAUUGUCUAUGAGUCAUGUUAUGGAGCGACAGGAAAAUAUAUAAUGUGAUGGGUGAAAAAUAGGUGUGAUUCGGGGUGGCUAUGCCAGUGACUGUAUUAUGACAGAAAUAAUACAUGUAUAUUGACAUUCCGUAGAUAAAACUUAUACAUUGUCAUAUUUUGCUACUACUGUUAUUAUUGUUGUGAGAUAUUAUAAAUCAUUUUGCUAAUUUUACUAUUGUUUUGUGUGAUAUGUGUUCUUUGAUAUGACAAGUAUUUAAACAUUGAUCUGUCUGUAUUUUUUGUGUUUCUUUUGCUCAGCACUAUGAUUUGGACAGGGUUAUUGGUGCUAUCUUGACCGUUCGUCCAGCAAACAGUUUUAUUUUAUUUGUUGUCUGUUUUUAAUUUAAACAUAAAUGAUUUCUGUUUACUUUGUAUAUGGGUUUAAAUAAGUACCCAUGUAUUUGUAAAAAGAUUAUCUGUCACCGUGUUAACUUCUUAAAAUAUAUUUAUUAUUUCAACACCAAGAGAUUUGACCGUAACAUAUUCCUGUUGUACAAACCCAAAUUGUUGUUAUUGUGUAUUACAUUGUACAUUUCCAUUAUCAAUAAUAAUUUAUAUUUCCAUAAACAAUAAUUAAUUUAACUUAGUGUUAAAAAUGAAUAGGAAUCUCAUUGGGUAAUUAUUGAACCACUAAUUAAAAUAUAUCUUGAAGAAUUAUUAUUUAACUUUCUAUAUUAAUUAAUCAAUCUAUUAAUUAAUUAAUGUGUGUAUAUUAUCUGUUAUAUGAUUGAAUGUAUAUUACCAGUGAUAUUCAAUGUUGGGCUUGUAAAUAACUACUAUUGCCAUGCCCUGACGGCUAGUGAAUUUGUUAGGGUCAAAUGUUGUAUUUAAGUCUAUUUUGUAAAUAUGAAUAUCCUGACCCCACCCUAAACCCCCCAUGUUAGUGUUUUUUAUGCUGUAUCUCCCUCUUUAGGUGACAUAUCUAAUUAUUACUAUUAUUUAGUAAAAUUGUAUUAAAAUAGGGCAAGUGAAUGUUUCAUCAUGGCUAGUACAUUUUUUUUAAUCACUGAUCCCAUGGCUAGUGGAUUUUAUAAAAAUUCAAGACGCCCUGCAUAUUUCAUAUAUAAAAUAUCUGUUGCACUGAACUGACUUUUUGUUGAUGCAAUAACUGAAGUUAAGUGAAGCAAUGGAAAAUGAACUUUCUGUAAUGAUCUUGUCACUUUCAUUUAUACCUGUUAGCGUCAUAGGUUGUUCACUAGUCUUAACUGUCCGUCCAUGUACACACUCUCUUUAUAGUUUACGUACACUUACAUGUUAAUGUGUUCACUAUUUUAUUCAAGCAAUAGAGCAACCCUAUUAAAAUAAAAUAAAUUCCAUUUGUA